AUGCGCGUCCAGUGAACGGAAGUAGCUGUUGGAAACUUUCAGACGCUUUAAAUUCCUGCGGGGUGGAGGGCUUAGUUUAGCUGCUGGACGCUGGCUUCUCACUCGUAUGGCUGUGGACGUGAAAUCUCGAGCGAAGCGCUAUGAGAAACUGGACUUCCUCGGAGAGGGACAGUUUGCUACUGUCUAUAAGGCCAGAGAUAAGAACACCAACCAGAUCGUCGCCAUUAAGAAAAUCAAACUUGGACACAGGUCAGAAGCUAAAGAUGGUAUAAAUAGAACAGCCUUAAGGGAGAUAAAGCUCUUGCAGGAACUAAGUCAUCCAAAUAUAAUUGGUCUCCUUGAUGCAUUUGGACAUAAAUCGAACAUUAGCCUUGUCUUUGAUUUUAUGGAGACUGACCUAGAGGUUAUCAUAAAGGAUAACAGUCUCGUGUUGACCCCAUCCCACAUUAAAGCCUACAUGCUGAUGACUCUUCAGGGCUUGGAAUAUUUACAUCAGCACUGGAUUCUACACAGGGAUCUGAAACCAAACAACUUGUUGUUAGAUGAGAAUGGAGUUCUGAAACUGGCAGAUUUUGGCCUGGCCAAAUCAUUUGGGAGCCCCAAUAGGGCUUACACACAUCAAGUUGUGACCAGGUGGUACCGGGCCCCCGAGUUACUGUUUGGAGCUAGGAUGUACGGUGUGGGAGUGGACAUGUGGGCUGUCGGUUGUAUCUUAGCAGAAUUGCUUCUAAGGGUUCCUUUUUUGCCUGGAGAUUCAGACCUUGAUCAGCUAACAAGAAUAUUUGAAACUCUGGGUACACCAACCGAAGAACAGUGGCCUGACAUGUGUAGUCUUCCAGAUUACGUGACGUUCAAGAGUUUCCCUGGCAUCCCCCUGCAGCACAUCUUCAUUGCAGCUGGAGACGACCUGCUUGAGCUCAUACAAGGCUUGUUCUUAUUCAACCCAUGUACUAGAAUUACAGCUUCACAGGCGUUGAGGACCAAGUACUUCAGUAAUCGUCCAGGGCCAACACCUGGAUGCCAGCUUCCAAGACCAAACUGUCCAGUGGAAGCAUUAAAGGAACAGUCAAAUCCAGCCAUGGCGACAAAACGGAAAAGAGCGGAGGCCUUAGAACAAGGAAUAUUGCCCAAGAAGCUAAUUUUUUAGUUGCAGCGAACAAUGGACAGUUUCACUGCUGAAAGAAAUGAUCCAAAGGCAAAUAACGGAAAAAAAAUAGGGAAUAUUAAAUACUAUAUAAGAACUUGUAAAUACUCUACAGAUGUAAAAUAUGUAAAGCUAUGGGUUAUUUUUAUUAAAUGUAUUUUAAAAUAAAA